AUGGGAAAAUGCACAGCUCGUUCAUUCUACGGGCUCGCCACCUUCGCUUUUCUUCUUUAUUUUGCGAAAGUUUCAAGUACUUCACCGCCUCAGCAGACUAUCAUAGAUGUUAUGAAGAGUGACCCCAAAUUACACAACGUUCCAAUAUCUUUAUACAACAACAACAUUACAAGUGUCUGCGCUAAUCAAACAUAUCCAAAAGGAAAUGACAUAAUGGAUUAUGAAGACAAGAAUAUAUAUUUGUGUCUCGCUUUUUAUGACACAUUGUAUAAAGUCUUUGCUACUAGUCAAGUGAAUAAGUCGCUUCAGGAUAAGUUUAGUGAUAAAGAGGCAUUUUAUUCAUAUAUUGAGGAAUUUUUCCCUACGAAGGAAGAUGUUAAUGGUACUGUUUUCUGUGACAAAAUAAAAGGUCUUACAUUUUCAAGUGAGAAAUUAAAACCAAUAUUGUCUACCAUAGAUCAUUUAAAUAAUUUGAUUACAUGCUAUCGUUUAUGUUUCAACAUGAGAAAGAAAUUUAAUCCAUUCUGUGGAAUAUUAGCUUGGAGUAAAAGUAUUGAUGAUGAUAACGCCAAGAAGAUUGAUAUAGUCCAUAAGACAAAAGAUGCUGUAGAAAAAGAAAAGACACUUAAUAAAUCAAAUUUGGUAACGAGCAGUACAGAGUUAAAAAGUUCAUCAAAAGCAAAGCUGGUUCCUACAACCAAGUCAAAUAAUGUUCAUAAAAUUGGAACAACAGAGAAUAAUAACAGGGAGAAUGAAAACGUUUUAGAACCUAAAGUACCUGAUAUUCAGAAACUUAAACCGGAAAAUACACACAUAGCAGCAGUACCUAAUACAUUAGACAAGCCACUGGGAUCGUCUAGUGUUAAGAUUAAAUCUUCUACCAUAAACAAUUUAAAUGCUGUGAGUGGUAAUGAGAAGAAUAAUGUAAAUGAUGCUACUGACCCUAAAUUGGAUCAGCAAAAUACGGGUAUUAAACCAGAUCAUCCUAAGAAGUCACAGGAAGAACUUAAAAAACUUGAUGAGAAUAUUGCCGAUAAUGAUGUUCUUGAAAAUGGGAAAGCUAUAAAUGGUGAAGUCAAAACAGAUACAAUAUCAAAAAACACUCAAAGUCAUGACAAUUCUGCUAAUCAGGAAGACUGGAGCCAUUUGGAGGAUGAUCCAAAUGAUGGUCCUGAACCACCCACUGAUACAGAUGAUCAAAACCAAAAUAUGCCAGAACCGUCAGAACAAAGGGAUAUCAUACCGCCUUAUCACAGCCUGAGAUCUGACGAAGAAUCCCACUUUUUUACAUAUUUUACUAUAGUUUCCUUGAUCUCCAUAGCCGCAUACAUUGGUUACUACAAUAAGCAAAAGAUAUUAGCUAUUGUAUUGGAAGGUCGAAGAUCACGAAACAGCCGUAGUAGACGGCGUCCUAGUACAGCCAAUUAUCGUAAACUAGAUUGUACAUUAGAAGAAGCAGUUACGUCACAGUGUAAUGCAAAUGUUACCCAUGUCAUAUAUUAAUACAUGUAAUCUAUUUGAUAUUUCAAAAUAAUUGUAUAAUAGCACCCCAUGUGCAACAUAUUUUGUAUUCAAGU